ACUUUUGUGCUUUUACAAUAGAAUCUAAAAUAGAAUGAAAUAUAAAUUCUUGAGUCAUGAUUGAUAUCGAAAUUCCAUUUCUAUCCGGGAAAAUUCCAUUUAAUAUAAUGUAAGUACUCGCAUACAUCUCAACAAUAAAGUAACUAAAUUUAUUUUAUUUUCAGCGCACAGAAGAAUGCGGACUGUUACCAAUUACCUGCUCGUUAACUUAUCAAUUGCGGACCUGAUGAUGGCUAUAUUAAAUUGCGUGUUCAAUUUCAUCUUUAUGCUCAAUUCAAACUGGCCGUUUGGAGUUAUUUAUUGUACUGUUAAUAAUUUCGUGGCAAAUGUUACUGUUGCCUCUAGCACUUUUACUCUAGUCGUCAUUUCUUUCGACCGAUACAUGGCAAUCAUGAGGCCGCUGCAACAUCACAUGUCACGUAAACGUACAACAGUAGCACUAGUUUUAAUUUGGUUAGCUUCUGCAUUACUUGCGAUGCCGUGUCUACUCUACUCGACCACAAUGACUCGAAGAUAUUCCAACGGCAAAUCGAGAAUUGUUUGCUACAUGUUAUGGCCGGAUGGAGAUUACCUGAAUAGUAGAAGUGAAUACAUAUACAAUUUGAUAUUUCUUGGUGUGACAUAUCUGAUACCAAUGAUUGUGAUGGCUAUCUGUUACACCCUUAUGGGACGCGAAUUGUGGGGGAUUAAAUCGAUUGGUGAACACACGGAGCAUCAAAAAUAUUCAAUGAAAUCCAAACGAAAGGUCGUAAAAAUGUUCAUAAUUGUCGUGACAAUAUUUGGAGUAUGCUGGCUGCCCUACCAUGGAUUUUUCAUAUUUCUCUAUCAUUACCGAAGCGUAAUGGCCAACAGCUAUGUACAGCAUGUAUAUCUGAGUUUCUACUGGCUUGCCAUGUCAAACGCGGUUGUUAAUCCAAUUAUUUAUUAUUGGAUGAACAACAGAUUUCGAGUGUAUUUUCAACAAAUUAUUUGUAAUUGCUGCUGUUUACUGGGCUACUCAGACUCGGAAAACUGUCAGAUGCAAGAGAUGACAAGACUGAGGCACUCUGAUACUGUCCGCUCACAAUCAGAGUUUCCAAUAAUGAACCGAACAAUAAACAACAAACUGAGUGAACCUCAUCUGCUUCUAGGUCGAUUCAAAUCAAUGUCGAUACGUUGGCGACACAGCACCGCUGAGAGCCAUGUCCAGACAUUAAGAAUGAAUUCACGGUCAAUAUGUGACAAGAACCAUUUACACCCAGGCACCACUAAUAUCUGA